UCAAGAUUAUUUGGUAUUUUUACGAUUGCAUGCUUCGGUCCCACCUUAAGGCCAGCUGUUUUUUUUUAAAUUAAAAGGGCUUUAGUUGCAACAUUUGAGUAGUAAAUUAUGGAUUUUUUUAUGAAAAUCAACCGUGAUGUUUGCUGCUUGUUUAUCAAGUAUAUAGCUAUCAACAAAAUGUAUGUAGGACUAACUUUUAAUAGUCUUAUUACCGUCACAAUUGGAAUCUUGGCCGCAGGAUAUUUUUGGAGGUAUCCAUCUCCCCAAAAGGCAGUCAGAAGACCUCCAAAUCCCGAAAAGCCCCUUCCCCCCUCGGAUUCACCAUUGUUUAGGUUUUCCCGAGCGGCCGUUUGUAGUGACAACAAUGUCUGCAGUCUUCUGUCUAAAAGUGCCAUGGAAAAAGGAGGAAGUGCUGUGGACGGGGCCCUUGUGGCUCUAUUUUGCACUGGGCUCAUCGGGAUGCAAAGCAUGGGACUGGGCGGCGGCAUGCUUAUGAAUAUAUAUAGCGACAAGGCGCGCAAGUCCUACAGCAUACUUGCUCGCGAAAUUGCUCCGCGUUUGCUACGGGAAAAGAACCUAUCGAUCUUCCGGGGUGAAAAAGAAUUUAAACAGUCUAGCUGGUCGAUUGCAGUGCCAGCUGAAAUGGCCGGGUAUGCUAUAGCCCACCAGAAGUUCGGGCAGUUACCCUGGUCAGAAUUAGUUGGUCCUACGGCGGAGCUGUGCCGCAAGGGAUACAGACUUUACAAGCACCAAUACGACGCCCUUGUUAUGAACCAAGAGAUGGUUAUGAGAGAUCCCGGCUUGCGAAACAUGUUUGUAAAUUCCGAAUCGGGGCAGUUUUGGCGUAUCGGCAGUCAUAUACACCCUCCGAUUCAAUUGUGCAACACAUACGAAAGGCUGGCUUCCGAAGGACCUUACAGCUUUUACAACGGAUCUAUUGCAAAUGAUUUGACAGCCGACUUAAGGGAAAUCGGCAGUGUCAUUGACAUGGAAGACCUAGUCAACACUAAUGCUACAUUCAGUGAAUCGGUCGUGAUACCGUUCGAUGAGUACGACCUGCAUCUAACUCCUCCUCCUGGCAGUGGCUACAUUCUGGGAUUUAUACUCAACAUUUUGCGAGAAUUCAGAGCGGAUUUUGCCGAAGCUCGAAGCAUUGGCGCUUUAGAGAUCCACCGGAUGGUGGAAGCUAUGAAGUUUGGGUUUGUUCAGCGUUGGCAGCUGGACGAAAAAUCUGAUAUUAACCUUUUAAAGAGACUGAUCAGUCCUGAGCUAUCCAAAUCCAUAGCUAAUAAAAUAGACGACUUAAUGACUUUUAACCAGUCAACAUACUAUGGAGCUUCUUCGGAUAUACGCACACGGAACGAAUACGGAACCGCCCAUAUCUCAGUGCUUCUUGACAACGAUGCCGUUUCAGUCACUAGCUCGAUAAAUUUUUAUUUUGGUAGCGGGCGCAUUGGCAAACGGACAGGUGUUCUAUUUAACAAUGGCAUGUCGGAUUUUUCCAUAGAACAGCUGCGAAACUAUUUUGAUUUGCCCUUUGUAAUGGGCAAAAAUAUACCUGCUCCAUCUUUACGACCCAUGUCCUCGAUGAGUCCGGUCAUUGUUACGGAACGCUCAUCGGGCAGAGUACGGCUGGUUGUCGGUGCGGCUGGCGGCACAAAAAUCAUUUCAUCAUUGGUUCCUCUAUUGGUGCGCGUCCUGUGGCAAAAGGCACACAUUAAAAAUGCCAUCGAUGCCAGUCGCAUCCACCAUCAGAUGUCGCCUAAUGUUCUUCUCUACGAAUAUGGGCUAAUGCAAAAUUUCGUUGAUCGAUUGCAGCAACUAGGACACAAAUGUGAGCGGUACGAGCACCGCGGAUCUGUAAUCUGCGGCAUCGCCCAGAAUAAUGGUUCUGUUUGGGCAAACUCUGAUUUUCGAAAACCUGGUGGAGUCUCUGGAUUUUGAGGACACAUAUAUCUUUAUUAGUCGCCUACACAUUCUUGCAUAAAAUAUACUUUCAUCGACUUGUUGUUAGGCGCAUAAAACGACAAGUAAUCGUAAAUAACAGUUUUCUGUUUUAUGAUUAAAUUGUUUUUUAUUAUAUUAUAUUUUACUUUUUAUAUCCUUACAGAAAAUUAUAAUUCCUUGCAUAAAUAUUCGCAUAUUGAAUAAUAAAUGAAUUUGUCAUUUUGUA